AGUCUUCAAAACAUUUGGGAAUACAUUGAGAGAAAAAACAGCCCAAUAAUAUGCAGUAAGAGGUUUUACCAGACAGAAAGAGUUUCAGACAUUUAAUUUAAUGUGUUGGUAAAAACUUUCCCUUCUCUCUCAAAGAUUUUGAGGAUGAGUGAACCAACUAUUUCACAUUUUCAUUCUUGUAAGUGGACCAAGCAACAUGUGUAAACCUGUUAUCACGUUUAAUGAGAAGUUCCACCACAAACUGCCACCAAAGCAGUUCACUGAGAGUUCAGUGUCUCUGCUAGUGGCUUUGAGACGAGUUUAACCUGCUGGGCGAAGCAGCUGCUCCUUCCCUGACAGAAAAGAUACAGAGUAUUUAAAUACAUGAUGGUAGGGUUGUUGUAUUCAUCUGUAUCUGCUUGCUAAUUAUAAUAUCACAGUAAAAUGCUAAUUGUUAGCUGAUGAAGAACUUGAUAAUGGACUAUGGACACCACUGUACUAUGCUAACUAUUUGUGGCUAGAUUUUUAUUGUUGUUAAUAUCUGAAUGCAUCUUUAUACAGUUCAACAAACACAAGCAAUUUACAUUUGUUGGGUCUCACUUCAAAAUAUUACCGAAAGGAUUUGGUUAUGAACAAAAUACAUCUACUUUAAAAUAAGUAUUUCAGAAAUCAGAUUUUAUUCAUUUACAGUAAUAUUUCAGAGCUGUAAAAGUAAAGUCCACCAUGAUGUACAGGGUAAACAGAAACAUCCAUCUAAAAUCCAGUUAAGACAAAUCAAACCAUUUAGUCAGAUGGGUAGAAGUAGAAAGUCACUGAAAUGAAUUAAAACAUAAGCUGUUUAUAGAAUAAUGUUAUAAACAAGUCUCUACCAUCAAAUAUCAAAAAAUCUCUAAUGGAUAAGGAAUCAGUUUGUUCUGAGCUUAUUGGACACAAAUAAUUGAUGCUUUUUAUAAAAGUAAGAGAUUAAUAAUAGAUUAUCCUGUUUGUCUUCAUUUCUUGUUUAUGUGAAAUCAGAAGGUUGGCUGGAAAUAAAAAAAAACAUCUGGAAUGACUUGAAUUGUGUUUUAAGGAAGUCAGAACUAAAGUGUUGAGUCUGUUGGUGAGAAACUGGCACUUCACCAUAACCAAUCAGGAAUGACAUCACGACCACCUGCCAAUCAGUAGUGGUCCUUCAAAACAACAUGGAUGACUCCCACCUGCUAACAGUUGCAACAAUAACAUCUGUUGGUCAAAAUGUUAUGUGUGACCAGUGUACAGUUCUACCUCAAGACAUUUCCAAACCACAAUGUUUCAUUCUUAAUUAGUUUGGUGACCCAAAAAGAUUAAAAAAGGGAGUCAAAGAAGAAGAAGAACCACUUAGAUUUGCUGCAAUGUGGUGUUUUAUGAAUAUGAUGUGGUGUCAUUAGUGGUAUUGUAGUGUGGAAGUGUAGCAUAGUAUGGACGUGGUGUGGUGUAGUAGUAUGGACGUGGUGUGGUGUAGUAGUAUGGACGUGGUCUAUAGUAUGGACGUGGUGUGGUAUAGUAGUAUGGACGUGGUCUAUAGUAUGGACGUGGUGUGGUGUAGUAGUAUGGACGUGGUCUAUAGUAUGGACGUGGUGUGGUGUAGUAGUAUGGACGUGGUCUAUAGUAUGGACGUGGUGUGGUGUAGUAGUAUGGACGUGGUCUAUAGUAUGGACGUGGUGUGGUGUAGUAGUAUGGACGUGGUGUGGCGUAGUAGUAUGGACGUGGUCUAUAGUAUGGACGUGGUGUGGCGUAGUAGUAUGGACGUGGUGUGGCGUAGUAGUAUGGACGUGGUCUAUAGUAUGGACGUGGUGUGGUGUAGUAGUAUGGACUUGGUGUGGCGUAGUAGUAUGGACGUGGUCUAUAGUAUGGACUUGGUGUGGCGUAGUAGUAUGGACUUGGUGUGGCGUAGUAGUAUGGACGUGGUCUAUAGUAUGGACGUCGUGUGGCAUAGUAGUAUGGACGUGGUCUAUAGUAUGGACGUGGUGUGGUGUAGUAGUAUGGACGUGGUGUGGCGUAGUAGUAUGGACUUGGUGUGGGGUAGUAAUAUGGACGUGGUCUAUAGUAUGGACGUCGUGUGGCAUAGUAGUAUGGACGUGGUCUAUAGUAUGGACGUGGUGUGGUGUAGUAGUAUGGACGUGGUGUGGUGUAGUAGUAUGGACGUGGUGUGGGGUAGUAGUAUGGACGUGGUCUAUAGUAUGGACGUCGUGUGGCAUAGUAGUAUGGACUUGGUGUGGGGUAGUAGUAUGGACGUGGUCUAUAGUAUGGACGUCGUGUGGCGUAGUAGUAUGGACGUGGUGUAGGGUAGUAGUAUGGAC